AGCCUACGCAUCCCGCAGUGCACCGCUCGUGCUCUCCCCAAGUUAACGCAUCUCGCGCGAGUUUGCUGUAAGGAAUAACAACGCUCAACUCCAGUUCCUUCGUCGUUUAUGUUUUGCAGAUUUUUUUUGUUUUCACGGUGAGAUUGCCGUUGUAAACAGAACGCGUGUAGAUUGUAGAUAUUCCUUUUUCGAUCAUCUUCAUUUUUUUGGUCUCCAUGCAGGGGGGGCUUUCCAGACGUUUUUAAACGACCGAGCCGAAGGGAAUGAUGUGAGACUAAUUCCCCAUCACAGAAUUGGAUUGUCACACAUAACUUCUGAACUUAUUAAAGGGUCGUGGGUGUACAUCUGUUACAAAAAUGGGUUCGAUACUCAGUCGUCGAAUCGCUGGUGUCGAAGAUAUCGAUAUUCAGGCAAAUUCGGCGUAUCGCUAUCCACCGAAAUCAGGCAAUUAUUUCACCAGCCAUUUCUUCAUGGGUGGGGAGAAGUUCGACACUCCACAUCCUGAGGGAUACCUCUUUGGCGAAAACAUGGAUUUAAACUUUCUAGGCAACAGGCCGGUUCAGUUCCCCUACGUGACCCCAGCCCCGCAUGAACCGGUGAAGACGCUGAGGAGUCUGGUGAACAUCAGGAAAGAUUCUCUGCGUCUGGUCAGAUACAAAGAUGAUGCAGACGGCACGACAGACGAGAGUGGGAGUCCCAGGGUGCUCUAUGGUGUGGAGUUCAGUUUCGAUGCCGAUGCACGAGUGGCCAUCACAGUAUACUGCCAGGCAUUUGAGGAAUUCGCCAACGGCAUGGCUAUAUACAGCCCCAAGAGCCCGUGGCUGGCGUCAGAAACAGUGCACUACAAGAGGGGCAUCAACCAGCACUACUCCCUGCCCUCCUUCAAGAUCGACUUCACCAAGUGGAAGCCAGAGGAGCUGAACUUUGACCUUGAUCGAGGGGUGUAUCCCAUGGUGAUCCAAGCAGUGGUGGAUGAGCAGGGCGAGGGAAGAACUCCAGACAUAUCUGGGCAUGCACAUGUUCUGCUGGCCGUCUUUGAAAGGCAUGUGGACGGCAGUUUCUCUGUCAAGCCUCUGAAACAGAAGCAGAUUGUGGACCGUGUGAGCUACUUGCUGCAGGAGAUCUAUGGCAUCGAGAACAAGAACAAACAGGACAAAAAGACUCCCGAGGAUGAGAACAGCGACAACAGCAGCGAGUGUGUGGUGUGCCUGUCGGACCUGCGCGACACCCUCAUCCUGCCCUGCCGCCACUUGUGUCUGUGCAACGCCUGUGCCGACACCUUGCGUUACCAGGCCAACAACUGCCCCAUCUGCCGCCUGCCGUUCCGGGCGCUGCUGCAGAUCCGGGCGGUGAGGAAGAAGACGCCGGGCUCCCUGCCACCAGUGUCUUUCAGCACAGAACACACCGAACACUCGCAGCAGAGCAACGACAACAUCCCCCCGGGCUACGAGGCCAUCUCCUUGCUGGAGGCGCUCAAUGGCAUCUGUGCGGUGCCCAGCCCCAUCCCCUCCGCCCCCCUCUACGAGGAGAUACAAUUCCCAGGCGACGGCACUGGUGGUGGGGGUGGGGGCGGAGGAGGAGGGGGUGGUGACCCCCUCAGCCGACCCCAGAGCCUGGGCGACCUGCCUCCUGACCCGGCCAUGCUCAAGGGCAAAGGCACCAAGUCACCUGACAGCUCCACUCGUUCCCCCUCCUCGCCCAUCCAGGAAGAGGAGGAUGAAGAGAGGAUGUCGGAGGUGUCAGACAACCGCCCACACUCCCUGCUGCCCUGCUCUCCUGCCCCUACUGAGGUCACAGUGAGCGAGGGGAGUCCUGAAGCAAUCACUCCAAACUCAGAUGGCUAUUCGCUGGUGCACUCUGUGAGUGAUGUGGGCUGCCAUAGUGAGCGCAGCAGUCUGACGGGCCCCGAGAGCACCCCCUCUACAGAGCUGCCCCUACCUGGUUCUCCAGGCUCCCUGGAGAGCCUGAAGAGCCGCAGCUCCAGCAGCUCCAGCUCCGGCUCCAGCCAGCCCCUGCUCUGUCUGCCUAGCUCCCUGCACCUGGAGGACGAGACCCCACCGCACCUGGCCCCGCUCACCACCACCACCACCCCUGGAGCCCUCCAGGCCUGAAGAGAGUUGAGGAAGCCCCCACCCCAGCCCAAUCCAGCCCCCACCACAGCCGUUGCUCUGCCUAUCUAACUACCUGCCACCUGGAGGACAAGGAGGUGCGCCCCCACAACCCAUAGCUGUGGCUUCGGUAAUCAUGAUCAACGUCUAUAUCACCACCCCUUGGAGCCCUCCAGGCCUGGGGAAGUGGAGACGUGAGCCCCUGACCUUCAGUUACAGUUAAGAUGGAAGAAAAUGUGCAUACAAAAAAAUGCAGUGUUACGUAAUUCAACACGUAGAGAGUCCAUUUAACAUGAGUAUAUCUGGUCCCAGAACACAGCAUUUUUUCCCCUGUACGCCUCAUGUCAAAGUGCAGGACAUUUUAAGAUUCAUGUUCUGGUUAAGAGAAAUCUCCCUGCUCAGUUACAGUAAAAUCAUGCUGUUACAUUUA